AUGAGGACCUCCAACCUCCUCCUCAUCGCCGUUCUCACCGUCGUAGCCGUGGUUUAUCCCGUUGCCAUGUCCGCUCAACAGCCUUGGCACCCAAUCGAGGGAGAGGACCUCCAGAGUCUCGGUGGGUGGGCUGUGACGGAGCAUGUCAAGCAGGCGCACGACGGCCUCAAGUUCAGCAAGGUGUUUAGCGGCGAGAAGCAGCAGUUGUCGACUGGCGAGAAGUAUCACCUUGUCAUCAUUGCGUUGAACGGAAGCGGCAAAACCGGUAGGUAUGAUGUGGUGUUAAUCGAAGGCAAAACUGCGCGCAAGCUCAUCUCCUUUACCCCGGCAAAGUAA